AUGCCCGGCCGCGAUCCGUUCUCCGUGCCGGCCGGAGCGCGCUCCUGGCUCAGCGAUGUGCUCGAGAGCUCGCCGGCGCCGGCGCCCGUGCCGGCGCCGGCCGGUGUCGUGUCCAGACUUGUGCACUCGUUCGAGCGAGGUGAGUUCGCGCCGGAAGAGUCACCGCCGCCGGCGCGACGCGAGGCGCCCGCUCAGGACGUCCACGCGGACUACAGGAGCAUGAUCGCCGCGCUGGAUCGCUAUAUCGAGGCGCGUGACCAGCGCCGCGCCGCCGCCGCUGCCGCCGAGCCGGCUGGCCGCACACCGUCGCCGCUUCCCUCUGCCGGCUCCACGCCUCCCGAGGUACGCCGGAUCACGGGGAAGCCUCCUCGGCCGCGUCGCGCCGCGUCUCCCGCUCGACCUCAGCCGGCGCCACACCAGCCCCCUCCGUCAGUGAGCGUGACUCCUCCGGUACCUCGUGUCGGCGUGUCACCACCGGCGCUCUACCCAACCGCGUACCCGGCAGCCUACCUGGCCACGCCGCAGUACGCCCAAUACGCCCAGUACGCGGCGCAUCCAACACACCCUUCAUAUGCGCACCUGGCUCCGAUACCGUCUGUCGCUUCUGUGGCCUACGGGGGACCGUGUGCGCCUCUCUCCCAACUGGCGCCGCUGGGGUACGAGCCCGGCUGGGCGGACCAGCCGACCAGGAAGAGAUCUUCCAGCUUCGACUCAGCGCUGGAGGAGAUCAGAGCCCGCUACGGCAGUGGGGAGAGCCUCUGCUGGCCGGCGGCGCCACACUGCGCCGGAGGAUGGGGUGGAUCCUGUGGAAACAUCGCAGGAUGUAAGGUCAGUGGAAGGUCAAGGGCUGUGGGUCGGUGA